GGUUGGUGUCUUGGCAAAACAGUAUCUUGAGCAAGGCCUUUUGGUACCAGAUCAUGUAAUCACUCGUCUCAUGAUGACAGAGUUGGAGAAAAAACAGACUGAGCACUGGCUGCUGGAUGGUUUUCCUAGAACAUUAGUACAAGCUGAAGCACUUGACCGAAUCUGUGAGCUGGAUCUAGUUAUCAGUUUAAACAUCCCGUUUGAGACACUGAAAGACCGCCUCAGUGCUCGUUGGAUUCACCCAGCUAGUGGAAGAGUGUAUAACAUGGAAUUCAAUCCGCCUCUUGUACAUGGGAUCGAUGACAUCACAGGAGAGCCAUUAAUCCAGCAAGAAGAUGACAAACCUGAUGCUGUUGCUGCCAGGCUAAGAAAAUACAAAGAUGCAGCAAAGCCAGUAAUAGAUCUAUACAAGACCAGAGGUGUCCUACACUCAUUUUCUGGGACGGAGACUAACAAAAUCUGGCCUUAUGUCUACACUCUGCUCUCAAGCAAGAUUCCUCCUAUCUGUUCUGAAGAGGCAAACUAAAAACCUCCCACAGGAGCAAGAAACUAAUAUGGUUGCUUAUUUGGUGCGUGCGGUAUUGGGGCUGUCCUCAAACUGGAGGAUAGCUCGGUGUCUAAAACAGCUUCCUUAAGUUUUCUUCAGAACAUGUAUGGAAAGGCAGUUAUAGCAAGAAUCAGGGUGGAGGAGGUUUAAGACCAAGACUGAACUAAAAAGUUCAGUCUUAUGGGCUAUAACAUAUUUCUGUUGGUGAUCAGGAUUUCUUAAAUUGUGGACCAAGAUGUAACCUUUGUUGGAUUUCUGUAGCCUGUUGUGAUUUCCCAUCACCCCCAAUUCCACAAAGAUGUGCAAUGUGCUCUUUUGUUGCUCCGCAGCACUACUUCCUUAAGAUAAUGCACCAUGAUGACUUAUUUGAAACUUUUUCUCAGAGAAAUAGUACUAAGAUGCAAACUUUAGCCCCAUGGGAAUUGGUGAGUAACCUGAAAAAAAGAAUUACACUACAAAACUCAUGAGGCCCACACUUCCAGUAUUAAGUGCAGAAGAAAAUCCAUGGGGGGCUAGAAUAUAUAUGUAUGUGCUUCUUUCUUUCUUUUUAUUUUUAUAAGAGAAAAAGGAAAAAUAUUAUAAAAAAUGCUGCUAUCUGAUGUAGUUUUCACUAUGUGGUAUAGUAUUGACCAGGAAACUGAGUAUGCCUACAUUUGCCUAGGAGAAGAGUUGCACUAGAUGGUGCUUGACAGUUUAUAGCUUUAAUACUAUAAGAUAUGGGUGUAUUAUUGGUUGGUCCCAAAGAUUUACUUUAAUACCUGGUUUUGUUUUUGUUUGUUUUUUUCCUCUGGGGAAAAAUCCCUUCUGUAUGUUGUAUUGCCUUAUAAUGGAGGUUCUUUCCCCCUCAGAAUACGGGGGUUAUUUUGAGAGGAAAUCCCCUUAGCUUUUAUGGGGGCUGCCUGUGAACCUUUCCUCUUCCUGUUAAUAAAAGAAGAGACCUCACAUAUAGACACAACUCUGGCUGACUGAGUUCCACUUGAGGUAUGCGUGCGUGUAUGUCGAAUGGCAAGGUCGGGACCAACUGCUGGUAUUAAGCACUUUCUUUGUGAAUCUAAAGCAAACUGUCCGUUUCUUGUACAUUCCAUGAUAACCGGGUUAUGCUGGUUCUGUGACCAUGUGCUCAAUUUACUUGUGCUUGAAGUGAUGUACAAUUAAGCAUGCAGCUAACUUAAAAUCAGUGCCCAACUUGGCAGGAAAUUCUUUGCCUACUGAAUAAAAAACAUUGCGUUCUAGAACUGACUUGAGACUAGUACCAAAAAAUAUCUUACCAUGAAUAUAGGCUUUUUCCUCUGGCACUCUGGUUACCGCUUCUGGUCUGAAAAAGCUUUGUAGUAUAUCAUUUUAUGUCUUGACAUCCAUUUCCAGUUUGCAUUUGCAGUUAUAACACUUCAUAGUAGUGGUUCUGAAAUGUUUUAGAGCCGCCAGUGAUUCUUGUUAGGAGAAGCAUUUCUAGUUACUUGUGAAUGGAUUAUUAUGAGCAAACACCUUUCAGAUGAAUGACAACUUUUCCUUAGUUAGCCUUGUUCCUGUCUCUGUUUGAGCUGGAGAUGAUGGCUUUUUGCUAAACUGGAAGUACUGUACAUUUGUUUGAUUUAAUCUUUAAUAGCUGCAGUACCUAAUUAAUGGGAAUAGGAUUUACCUCUUAUGCCAUGUCUAAAGUUGCCUUAUUUUAUAAAGCUAUAUUUAAGAAAAACCAAGAUACAUAUUUUUGAGAAAUAAGAAGCUGAAUUUUACGAACUAGACUUUUUGAGAACUCUUUUUGCCAAGCUGCUUUAUUUGCUUAGCUAGCCAUGCUCAAUUUUAGCAAUCGGUAACUAACUAGGGUUGCUAGUUAAAAAGCUACCACCAUAUUCCAGUAGACAGCUUGACUGAUUUUUGUUUAAAAAAAAAAAAAAAAAGUCUGUCACUGAAAUGUCCAUACCUGACUUUUCUGCUCUUUGCAAUAUGCUCUUGAAGAUUGGCUGGGUGUAGGGGGAGGAGUUGGGAUUGGACUUUUCUAAGUUAUGUUCAGAAUUUGAAUUGAGUGGAAACUUUUUUGGCACUGGGGGAAGGGAGGGUUGGUUGGGGUUAUGUGUUUUGUUUUUUUUCCAAGCUAGCAGGCAGCUAACAUUGAAAAGACAGCAGGUUGUAGACAUCUUCACACCUUUCUCUCUCUUCUUACUGUUGGGGUGAGACUCGCUCAGUAUUUCCACUCUGCUCUCCACUUUAUUCCUCUUCCCUUUCUCCUAUCCGUGACAAUAGAAAGCCCUUUUAAUAUAGCAGUCUGACCUUCUCAGUUAAGGACCUACUGGUUGCCUGUUAUCACUAGCCGUCAAGCUCACAGCUGUCCUGUUGUGAUCAGCCUUAAUGCAAAUAAAGUACAGCAGAGUAUGAUCUCCUCCUGAGGGCUGUGCUUAGCGUUGCAUUUGCCAUAAUACAUUCUAGGCAGUCGCAUGUUGUUUUUUGUAAUAGAAAGAUUGUGAAAUGGUGUGCUCUCGUAUGGUGAGGCAACCAUCUUCCUAGCUGGAGUGCAUAGUUUUGGUCUGAGAUCAAACCAUUUCUGAUCUCAGAAAUGUCAUCUUUGUCUCCUGUGUAUGGGGAAAGUACAAUAGUAUUGUUUCAGUACAGCCUUCCCCCCCACCCCCACACAUACACACACCCCACCUCUACUGUGACAUAAACCCACCUACCCCACAGCCUUUUUAAGCCAGUAGGUCUCUCCCCUCAUAUGCAUCAGUCUUAAUAGGUAUGGAGGAAAUGCACUGAUGAACAGGGUGAUUUAGGGGUAAUGGGGGAUAUAGGCCACACCUGUAAUAUUCAGCACCAAGGAAAGAUGGUGCUGAGUCCCAGGCAUGCAAGACAUGGAGUCGGGAGCAACUAAAGCAUCUUCAGGAGAGAGAGGACCUGCGGGCAAGAAACCUGCUCCUGUAGAGCUCCACUUGCCUUUCUCUAAAAGAGGUGACCUGGAAGUGCUGAUAUGCUCCAAGCUCUGCUCUUGAUGAACACUUUCCACUAAAUUCAGCAGCCCUGGGGAAACGGCCACAGAACAUAGUCUGAUUUCAUGGGAACUUGUUGGGAGGUUCUGCUACCCAUUAACUUGAACAUUCAUGAAAUUAUUUUGGGCACUUCCAGCAAACCCUAUAACUGUCAAAACCCAGUAUUUUAAGCAACAAGGGGGUUAUAUUUAAAAAUACCUACUUUGUAUGUAGAUACAAGACCUCUGGAAACCUGCACACGUUAGUUUGAACAAAUAUGUGAACGUAAUAACAGGAGUUGCACUUCCAAGGUACUGCCACCUUUUUUAAUACUGUCAUGCAUUGUGUGGAGGAGCUGACAGCUGGGUUUCUAGGGCAUCUCAGGAAUUGUAAUCUGCUGUACUAGUCUCCUUGAGUAUCCAAGCCACAAAUUGUUUGAUUAAAUGAGGACUACUGGCCAAAAGGCAAUAAGCCAGAAAGUGAGACUGGCAUCUUUACCUAUAAGUUCCCUUUGUGCUUUUCAGUGCGUAGAAGGAGGGAGUGUCUCUUGAGACACCAGUUUUGAGGCCUUAUAACAGAAGACUACGAUUGUGCUUUAAGGCGAGUGGGGGUGAGCAGGAGAAUAAAUUAGAGACAAGGCAAGCGCUUCAAAUAUCUAAAAUGUGGGAACCUGUCAAAGCCACUAAACUUGUAAACAUGGAUUUGCUCCAGCUGGAGUUUCGGGUUUUAAAAAGUGUAAAGAGAAGAAGCAUUUGAGCAUUACUUGCCAACAUCUGUAAUGCUGCAUAACUUCAUCCAUUUUUAAACAAGCAUUCAACUCCAGGUUCACACUUCCCUGCUUCUUAUUGCCCUGCCCUGUGGUGUGAUCUUGGGAAAUAGAUUUUUACACUUUAUUUGCUUUCAUCUUAACUGUAUUUUAAAUGCUCUAUAUUUACAAAUAUGAGUCUAAUAUGAGAUUAUGUUCCUUCUCCAUCAAACUUACGAAGGGGCCAAUGCUUUCCAACUUUUGUGGGUUAGACUGCUGCAGUUUGUUUUAUCUUGUGGUCAAAAUUUUCCUUAGAGCCUCCCAUCCUCCAUAUUUCUCCCCUCAGUGAAAUAAUUAUUUAUUGUGGUGCUGUAAAAUGAACAGCUAAGAACAGCAUGGAGAUGUACCAGUCAAGAGCAUCCCUUAGUGUAUGGGUCCAGGAGUUUCUUAAACUGUAAAUAUAAUGGUUCACACUUGUCUGUCUCUCAGCAUGCCAGUAGUCCUCUGCCUUCCCUGCAUGCAUGUGGUCAUUUAUUCCAUAUGAUAACAUGUUAUGAAUGCUUAUCUUUCCAGGGCAGUGGGUAUGAUACCCAUUUUGCAGAUAUAAGAAGGAUACUCAUGGACUCUUGUGCUGAAGUUAGAUUUUUUUUUUUUCCAGUUUAGGGAUUGUAGUCCUGUACUUUGCUCUCAGGAUCAGGCUGCUAAAGAAAUUAUAUAAUUCAUUAAUAUUUUGAGGCACACCCAUACUCCUGUAUAUGCAAACUCAUUUUCAGCAGUACUUUGCUUCGGGAACCCCCCCUCCCCCUCCGAUGUUAUCACUCUUUGAGGAUGAUGUGUUCAUGUCCAGGUUUCAGAUGAAAGAACCUUAUGCAUUUUUAUAUUCUUAUGCUUCAAAAUUACAGGUGUCAGUCACUCUAUAUUCUUGGCAGAGGGGGGAAAAUGUCAUUCAGUUUGAGGAGAGACUUGUACAUUUGUAACCUGACUACAAUGAGGAGGAGGAUCCAUUUAUACACCAUGCUGGAUGACCGAUGAAUUAAAGCUACAUCACUUGACACCUGAACACUAGUAAAAUGUUUAUUUCCAAGAUGCAGAGCAUGGCUAUUCCUCAGGGUUUAUCAUCAUUGCUGGUUAGUUUGAGCAUGUUUCCUGGAAUUCAAGGGGAUGUCUAUGCUGCAAUAGCUGAAGAUAAUGUGGGUUUCCUUGAGCCUGCAGUUAUUGUAGCAUAGAGGUAUCCCAACUCUGUUAUACUAAAUGCUCAGGCACUGUUGUAGAGCUAGGCUUUACAUUUGGAGCUCACAAAUUUGGUUUUUGUUUGUUUGGGUUUUUUUUGUUUUUAACAAAAGUAAUAAGGGGGGCUGGUAGGGACACUUGGAGGUGGCUGCCACAGGUGUUCCUUUGGGUAAGGCAGAACCAUCUGGCCUUUGGUUUUGUAGCUGCUAGAGACCUUGUGUGUAGAGACCUGUAUGAAUCCAACACCUCCCUUAAAAAUUAAGAAACCUGGUAAUCUGUGUCUGAACCCAACAUCAUUCUUGAUCCUUAUCUUAGCCAGAAGGCUAAUUUUUAUUUCUUGAGCUAACAGAGGAGUGAGGGGCAGGUGUUUAGGCAUCUGCAUAGAUUUUGAGGUAGCUGCUAUGUCUGGAUGGUAGGGACAGCUGUUUGCCAUUGUAAGAACCUUCUUAGAGGUGAGUGGCCUGCAUGCACCAGCCUUUCUAUAGGAGUCAGAGUACAUAAUACUCUAAUAGUCUAUAGUAUAGAUCCAGCUGCACUGGUUCUUCUAGUAUUAACCCAGAGUCCACAGCCUCAGCCCCAGACUGAGGUGAGGGAAGGUGAUCUCUGCACUUCCACCUCCCCUGAGAAGAUCCUAAGGCCCAGUCCCCUAAAUCCGUUUGAUGACUGGGCCCCUCACAAAUGCAGGAACCAGGGAGAGGUUAAUUAAGAUGAUUUAAUUUCUCUAUGGAGAGGUGGGAGCUGUUUCCUGAUGCUUUCUUUUCCCCCCCCAUCUCAAAAGAGACAACAGAAUAGAGGUGUGAAAGAACAGCCUCUCUGGGCCUCAUUUUAGCCUGAACUGUAACUGGCUUUAGUGUUUUGUUAUGCAAAUCUGACCUGGUCAUUAUCUUCUACAAAUUUUGGGUAGAGAAAAUGCUAAACCAUUCCUCUAUGGAUAUCUACAGCCACAGUAAUACCAUGUUUAAGCACCACUGAGUCUGAACGGGUAUGCUGACACAAAGCUUCCUUUUUGGGAAGGGAACAGGUUUAGUUUCAGAAGUUGUGCGUUCUGUUCGGUUCUACAGGUCUCCAUCCUGAAGGUCUUAAAGAUGGAUCAAAUCCUCAUUUUGAGCUGUCAUCCCACUCUGACCGUUCUUGGGCCCCAGUGCUUAAACCUAUCGUUUGUUAGUAAAGCCUCCCACUGUAAAUGAGUUGUGCUUUACCCUACUAUCAUUGGAGUCCACCUGCCAUGGCAGAGCGCAGUUCUGCUCCUUUCCCAAAUUCUGCCUUUGGGACUGUACUGUGAAUCUGAUGCAGUUUCUAAAAUAACUUUGUAAUAUAACUUCAGGAGUAGGGAGGAGCAAGCUUCCUUCUUCUGUGUAUCAGCUUGUUUAGAGAACUGCUCAAUAUUUGUAUGUUUGCUGAUGCCUGUUUUUGGAUACUCUGUUCCCUAAAGAAUCACUACAGCAGUGUUGCCGUUUGAUACAUGUAAAUAAAAAAAAUUUUUUCUCCUGCUUA